AUGCUUCUGGGUGGUGGGAACAUGGAGAAGAUGUGGUCCGUCCCGCUGUCCCUUGGAGUGCUAACCAUCUUGACCAUGACUGUGUAUGUCCCAUCUACGUGUGGAGAGCCUUAUUUACUACAAGAGAACCGAGUGCAUCCGGAGAGAGAAGACACAAAUCACGAGGACACACUGCUGUCUCUGCUGCUGAACAAGAAGCUCGCAUGGCGGAGACCAGAAAACAUUGACUGGGAGAUGGCAAAGAAAUUUGAAGAGCUCGAACAGCUGGAGAAGUUGAAGGAUCAGCUCUCAGCUGAGGAAGGGUCAGAGGUGGCCUAUGCCUUGGAAAGUCUGUCAGCAUCUCAGCCUAAAAAACGCGCCUGCUUCUGGAAAUACUGCAUCUGAAGGCUUGUCGGGAAUGAAGAAUGAAGACAAGCCCUUCCCCAAACUGCCGUGCUGGGUCUUAAUGUCUUAGAGCUCCUUCUGUUCUCUUGUUGUGCUGCUAACUCGGAUGCAUCCACUGUAAUUGCACCACAGCCAAGUCUAACGGGGACUGUGACAGGAGCCAGUAGCCAACCUCCACUUACUACUGUUCCUUGCUUCCAGAUUUAACCUUCCCUGAUCUUCUACUCGGCAGAUGUUUCCCAAGUUUCAGCACAGCCCUGUGUGUGCCACUUAGUCUGCUGCCACUGUAAACCCUUCACUGUCCCACCAGGUUCCUCAAGGCACCAAACAUUAACUUCGUUGCCCUGAGCUUUCACAGAUGUUGCUCAUGGUGGAGUCUCAGUUUCCCCUUUGCCUCCUAAAGGGAGGUCUGUGAUGACCUGCAGUGGUCACAACAGUGUCAGAACAGGAGGGCAAAGUGGGGAUAACGUGGAA